UUUGUUUUUACAUUAUUUAAAAACUAGUAAAUUUGCGAAAGGAAGCAUGCAAGGACCCAUUAUAUUAUUAAAAGAAGGAUCUGAUUCUACAGAAGGCAAAACUCAACUUGUAUCUAAUAUUAAUGCCUGUCAAGCGAUUGGGUCCACGAUUGCGACUACAUUGGGUCCCAGGGGAAUGGAUAAAUUGAUUAUAGAUGCAUCAGGCAAAGCUACUAUAUCAAAUGAUGGUGCAACUAUCUUGAAAUUAUUGAACGUGAUACACCCGGCAGCCAAAAUACUUGUAGAUAUAGCUAAAAGUCAAGAUGCAGAGGUUGGAGAUGGAACAACAUCUGUGGUAUUGCUAACAUGUGAAUAUUUGAAUCAAGCUAAAAGCUUUGUUGAAGAUGGCGUACACCCCCAAAUUAUAAUGAAAAGCUAUAAAAAAGCUACACUAAUGGCACUUGAAAAGCUCAAUGAAUUGUCUGUUACAAUUAAGAAAGAUAACCCAAAGGAAUUUACAGAAAUAUUGACUAAUUUAGCAUGCACAGCUCUUAGCUCUAAAAUAUUAGCUCAAAGCAAACGAUAUUUUGCUGAAAUGGUAGUACAAGCUGUGCAGAUGUUACAGGAACCUCUCAUGCCACUAGAUAUGAUAGGCAUAAAGAAAGUUCAAGGAGGAAGUUUGGAAGAAUCAAUGUUAAUUGCUGGAGUUGCAUUCAAGAAAACUUUUUCUUAUGCUGGCUUUGAAAUGCAACCCAAAAAGUAUACAAAAGAUGUUAAAAUUGCGGCCCUAAACAUAGAACUUGAGCUCAAAUCAGAAAAGGAGAAUGCUGAGAUAAGAGUUGACAAUGCCCAAGAAUAUCAAGCUAUUAUUGAUGCAGAAUGGACGAUACUUUAUGAGAAGCUUGAAAAUAUUCACAAAAGUGGUGCAAAAGUUGUACUUUCAAAACUCCCCAUAGGGGAUGUAGCCACUCAAUAUUUUGCAGAUAGAGAUCUGUUUUGUGCUGGACGUGUUGUGGAGGAAGACAUGAAACGCACUAUCAAAGCUUGUGGUGGUAGUAUUUUAACUUCCGUCACCAAUAUAACCCCAGAAAAUUUGGGCACCUGCCAACUUUUUGAGGAAAAACAGAUUGGCAAUGAAAGAUUCAAUGUUUUAACUGGUUGUCCAAAGGCUCGAACUUGUACCAUAAUUCUGAGAGGUGCCGCAGAACAGCUUAUGGAUGAAUCGGAAAGAUCCAUUCAUGAUGCCAUAAUGGUUGUUAGGAGAGCUAUAACAAGCAAUCAGAUUGUAGCAGGUGGUGGUGCUGUGGAGCUUGAGCUAAGCAAAUACCUCCGCGAUUAUUCUCGUACCAUAACUGGCAAAGAGCAAGCUCUCUUUGAAGGAUUAGCUAAAGCAUUGGAGAUAAUACCAAGACAACUUUGCGAUAAUGCAGGCCUUGAUCCCACAAAUUUCAUGAAUGCCCUCAGGCAGAAACAUGCUCAAGGUGAAAAAUGGUUUGGUCUUAAUGUAAAUCAGUCUCCCACUGACAAUUCCGAUAAGGAUGGGUCAAUUCGGGACAAUAUGAUGGCAUAUGUCUGGGAACCCCGUUCAGUAAAAUCGAACGCACUAUCUGCUGCUCUUGAAGCUACAAAUCUCAUUCUCUCGAUUGAUCAGACCAUGCGAAUGCCUAAAGCAGGCCAAGGUAUGGGGUCUGGUGCAGGAGCUGCACAGGCUAUGGGAAUGAUGUGAACUAAAUAACGCCUUAUCUUUUAUUUUAUCUAAUUUUUUCUCAUAUAUUUAUUCUUUGUGAGAAGAAGGCAACUUGUACUAAGGGUUGCAAUGAUAAAUUAUAAUAAUUUACGUUAUAUUGUUUGUGAUAUUAUUUUGCUUAAUGAGCUCUGUCGUUUAUUGAUGUACAUUUGUAAUUGAAAUAUAUGCAAUGUUA